AUGCAGAAGAAAGUUGUGACGACGAAGCGUCCGGAUAUUGAACAACCAUGUUCACCCGAAGUUUCGAAGUCCCGAAGUCCCGAAAUUCCGUGGUUCCGAGGUUCCGAGGUUCUGAAGUUCCAGAUGUUCCGAGGUUCCGAAGUCCCGAACCGAAGAGGGCCAAGGCGCCGAAAGCCCGAGGCUCAAACUCGAAGACUCCUCACUCCCUCAGGGCCCAGAGGCGCAGACGCCAGACCUCAUCUGGCCCAUCAGAGCAACUCUUGA